UCUUUCUCUCUCUACCCUGUCAAAGUGUCAAGCACAUUUUUUUGUUUGUAUUUUGCGUGCAAACAACAACAACAACAACAACAAAGGGUGGUGAUUGUUGUUGUUGUUGAUGGUGGGGUGCGUAGGAUAAAGAGCAGAUUUGGGUGAAGGAUAGGGAGAAUAAGGCAAUAAAAGAUUACUCUUUUAUUAACAAAUUAUAACAGUUUUAAGGCCAUUUAAUUGAAUCCUUCUUGUGGGUACUAUAAAUCCUUCAUGGUUAUUAGGUGACCCUUUAGGUUCUAUAGCCUUUGUGUCAUUGUGUCUUCAAUACCCAAUUGGAGAAUUUUGAUAAAGUUGCAUGCUUUUUGAUUGAGAAUCUGUAAUGGCGGCGAAAUUUGGAUGUGGGAAGAGGUGGGUUGGGAAGGUUGUGCUGUGCCUGUGUUUCUUGUUGGUUUUGUUGGUGCCUUUGACUUGUGCUGGCAGAGCCACCGUCAGCACCGCCGCCGCCACAAGCACCGGCAGUGGCAGUGGCAGUUCAAGUCAGAAGCUUGAGGUUCAGAAGCAUUUGAAGAAUUUGAACAGACCUCCUGUUAAGUCCAUCAAGAGUCCAGACGGAGAUAUUAUUGACUGUGUCCAUGUCUCACACCAGCCAGCUUUUGAUCACCCUGACCUCAAAAGUCACAAGAUUCAGAUAACACCAAAUUCCCAUCCAGAAGGGCGCACUUUUGGAGAAAGCAAAGUUUCUUCAAAUUCCAAGCCUAUUACUCAACUCUGGCACCAAAAUGGAAGGUGUCCAGAGGGGUCAAUUCCUAUCAGAAGGACCAGAAAAGAUGACAUAUUAAGGGCAAGCUCUAUCCAGAAAUUUGGAAAGAAGAAUCAAAGGAGCUUCCCUCAGCCAAGAUCUGCAAAACCUCUACCUGACCUCAUCACUCAGAGUGGACACCAGCAUGCCAUAGUGUAUGUGGAGGGAGAUAAAUAUUAUGGAGCCAAGGCAACCAUAAACGUUUGGGACCCAAAAAUUCAACAACCCAAUGAAUUUAGCCUGUCUCAAAUGUGGAUUCUGGGUGGUUCUUUUGGUCAAGAUCUCAACAGCAUUGAAGCAGGUUGGCAGGUCAGCCCAGAUUUGUAUGGAGACAAUAACACUAGACUCUUCACUUAUUGGACUAGUGAUGCAUAUCAAGCUACUGGUUGUUAUAAUCUCCUUUGCUCUGGCUUUAUUCAAAUUAACAGUGAUAUAGCCUUAGGAGCAAGCAUCUACCCACUUUCUAAGUAUGGUUCUUCCCAAUAUGAUAUCAGCAUCCUGGUCUGGAAGGACCCAAAAGAGGGAAACUGGUGGAUGCAAUUUGGUAAUGACCAUGUUCUUGGAUACUGGCCAGCUCCUCUAUUCUCCUACCUCACUGACAGUGCCUCAAUGAUUGAAUGGGGAGGUGAAGUUGUGAACUCCCAAUCUGAUGGACAACACACCUCAACACAAAUGGGAAGUGGCCAUUUCCCUGAGGAAGGUUUUGGAAAGGCUAGUUAUUUCAAGAACAUACAGACUGUUGAUGGUGAUAACAAGCUUAGGCCUCCCAAAGACCUUGGAAUUUACACUGAGCAAGGUAAUUGCUAUAAUGUCAACACUGGCACUGCUGGGGAUUGGGGCAAUUACUUCUAUUAUGGUGGUCCUGGUAGAAAUCCUAAUUGUCCUUGAUCAUUUAUGUUGAAACUAAGGGAGCAAAAAAAGAAAAUAAUAAAAAAAAAAACUAGGUGUUUUUUUAUCUAGUGUAGCUAGUAACUUGUGUUACCCCUUAGAUUUCUGGUGUAUAAUGAAAGCACUUAUUUUCUCUAAGGUCUCCAAAAAAUUGUUGGAGAAAAAGGGUGGUGGGUUUUUAGAUUUAAAAGAAACAAGUUUCUUCAUUGGUUUUCUUGUUUAUAUAUAUAUUUUGUUGUUUUUGUUUUCUCUUCUCUCUGGAGCUGUGAAUGUGAACAGAAUAUUCUAGUAUGGGACAGGUGACU